UCGUCAAAGCAAUCCCCUCGCUUCCGCCGGUGGCUACCAUGAGCACGCCUCGCCGUCGCCGCAUCUCGCCGGCGGCGUAGACAACGCCAUUCUCCCCGCCGACUAGUUGAUCUGGCCCAGACCAGUCCUCCCAACCGACCAAAUCACCCAUAAAAAAAAACAACGAGAGGAGUUGCGCUGCUAAGCCUGCCAUGAGCACGAGAGGGGAGAUGUCUCCCCCCGGCUGCCGCCGCACCUCCCCGCCGGCCGCCUCUCUUCCAGACGACGACGACAUGCUCCGGGAGAUUCUCCUUCGCUUGCCCCCGCGGCCUUCCUCCCUCCCCCGGGCCUCCCUCGUCUGCAAGCGUUGGCGCAGCCUCGUCGCCGAUCCCCAAUUCCAGAGCCGCUUCCGCGACGACCACGGCAAGCCUCCUCUCCUUGGCUUCUUCCUCGAUUCCCGUCAGUUUGUUCCGAUUCUGGAUCCACCAGAUCGCAUCCCCGAAGCUCGCUUCUCCAUGUCUCCCCUCGAGAGCUACCGCAUCAUCGACUGUCGCCACGGGCUCGUCCUUUUCCUCGCCCACAGGAUGAUGCGCCGCUUAGUUUUGUGGGACCCCGUCGCGCGCGAGCAGCGCCGGCUGUUCUUCCCGCCGGAGCUGGACAACGCCCAGAUGUUCUUCUUCAACGGGGCGGUGCGUCGCCCUGCCCGCCGCCAAGGAUGGCAUUUCCAGGUGGCCCUGAUAGCCCGUGACGCAUUAUGCACAAGAGUUUCGGUGUGGCUUUACUCAUCAGAGACCGCAGUAUGGGGCAACAUCAACUCACUGCAGCUGCAAUCGAUUCAGUCUAUGCCACAACCCAGCACUUUGGUUGGGAAUUCCUUUUGCUGGUUAUUUACCGUGGAUCAUGGCUGUGUCAUACUUGAGUUUGAUCUUGAUAGGCAGAGCCUAGCUGUGACAGAGCUGCCACCACACAUAGAUAUGGAAAUCGACUUUCACAAGUUAUGGAUUAUGCCCUCCCAGGGUGGUGGGCUUGGCUUCAUCCAUCUCUCACAACACUUCCACGCCCAAUUAUGGAAGAGAGUGCCUGAUUCUGAUGGUUUGGCUGUAUGGGUGCCCGACAGAGCUGUUGAAUUCGGGGAACUUAGAUCAUCUUGCAAAGGCGACUUCCUCACUUUGGUUGGGUUUGACGAGGAGAGUAAUGCAAUCCUUGUGCUGACAGCUUCUGGUGUCUUCAUGGUCUAUCUCCAGUCAACGGAGUUCAAGAAACUUUCUGAUCCAAUGUCCUUCUGUCACCAUUAUCCAUUUGCAUGUUUCUAUCCUGCAGGUACUGGCAUUAUUGAUGGACAUGAUGGAAAUGAAGUCUUGAACAAUAUGUGAGAUGGUUGUUUGGUGAGACAUGCUAGUAUGAUGUGAUGACUGAAAGGGUGACGUAACUUUAUCUCCUAGACAUGUCCAUUAGGAUAUCUAUGCUAUUUUACAAUUUAUUCCUGCAUGGGCUUGGCUGAUGAUGUUUUCUUAUGAAAGUAUUAACUCCAUUUGUAAUUUGUAAGGCAUCCAGUACUUUGCCUAAGUAAUCGAGAACUAUAUAUACCGGAACAUAAGUAAUUCAGAAUCCUACUUAGUACAAUUCUCGUUACUACACACUGCUAAGUAAACCCAGCCAAGUCACUAAGUCAGAUGUUGCUUUUGUUUUAUAUGAAGUCAAUUUCUCAACUUGAUCACUACUAGAUCAAUAGUUUAUAUAUUGUCACAUUGGCUAGGUUCAUAAAUAAAAACAUUUGCAGGUUACAUAAUUUUUUUAUUUUAUAUGGCGAUAUUAUGUAAUCCCUCCGUCCGGAAUUAAUUGUCUCUGAAAUGAGUGUAUCUACACACUGAAAUGCGUCUAGAUACACUCAUUUCAGCGACAAUUAAUUCCGGACAGAGGUUGUAGUUGGUUAACUUUCUACGGUAGCAAAAAUGGUGGUCAAAGGCAUGAAGCUCUGCUCUGACUUCUAAUGUCAUGCAAAGGUUAAAAUGUCAUCCAUUUUAGGCUGAAAGAAUGCUACUAUUUUAUUAGCUGAUAAAGUAUCUGCUAAUACUAGUUCUCUUGUGAGUAGUUCUACUUCAGUUUAUAAGAAGUAUACUAUGCUUAUAAGUAAGCUGAAUCUUUUUUAUUUCUGUUGUCUUGCUAUUUAUUUCCGCGAUGAUACUUGCAUUAUACUGCACAUUCCGUGAUAUUCUAGACAGUUGCAGUAUUUGCCCUUCGUGCAUAAAAGCACUAUGUUACUGAUUGUAUUGUUGUUUAUAUAAGGUAUGGCUAAGUCGCGGGAAUGGCUUAUCGAUGAUCCAUUCCCAUCUGAACAUUGAUCCGUUGUAGUGUAUACUUAUCAAGCGUGAAGCACACCUGCAGGGACAAACUGUGUAACUUGUUAGUUUCCCAUUACUAUUCCAGUGAUGGGCAUUUUCUCUGCCUAGCAGCUAGCAGCUAGCAGCUAGCAGUGAUGGUCAUUUUCAAAUCUUUCUGUAAGGUGGUCUGGAUUCCGUUGUAGACUGAAUCCACAAUGAUGGCCUUAUGUGAAUGAUCUGAUCGCGGCGCACUACAGAACCCCAGCCCCAGCCCCCAGGGAAACCACACCUGCAUCGUUCACUCUGCUCCUCUGCAUCCUACUACUCCAUACUGAGCGCAAAAGAAACACUUCGUCAGCAACAGGUCGAUGAUUCCAUGUGGAUUCUGGCCGUGGUUGCGGCCGUGUGUGGCUGCUUCUGGGGGCGGUGGUGAUGAUGCAUCGGCUGCUCAUCCGCCCGGCGGCGUUCGAAGCCUUCCGCAUGCUCUACUCCUACCUGCUCCGUGCGCUCGGACCCGCCGUGACCGCCGUCGUGUUCCGCCACCUUCCCCAGUAGCGGAUCUGGCUCUUGGCUUUUGUUUUCGGUGGGUGAUUUGAGUCUGGUCGAUGUUGUGGGACUGCUGUUGAUAUGAAUGCUUUGGUUA